UUCAAGAUGGAUGGAAUCACAGCGGCAGCGGCGGCUGCGGCGCGCGCGAGCCGAGUGUGAGCCGAGCGGGGCCCGGCGUCCGCUUCGGGGCUGAAGGCCGAAAACAAAAUGAACUAGAAGCGCCGAGGCAGGAUCUGCGAGAGCCGUAUGCGAGGACCCACGUGCGCCCGCCAUGGAGGGCCUGCUGCACUACAUCAACCCCGCGCACGCCAUCUCGCUGCUGAGCGCACUCAACGAGGAGCGCCUCAAGGGCCAGCUGUGCGACGUGCUGCUCAUCGUGGGCGACCAGAAGUUCCGCGCGCACAAGAACGUGCUGGCCGCCAGCAGCGAGUACUUCCAGAGCCUCUUCGCCAGCAAGGAGAGCGCGGCCCAGAGCGUGUUCCAGCUGGACUUCUGCGAGCCCGACACCUUCGACCACGUACUCAACUACAUGUACUCGUCGUCGCUGUUCGUGGAGCGGGGCGGGCUGGCGGCCGUGCAGGAGCUGGGCUACAGCCUGGGCAUCUCCUUCCUCACCAACAUCGUCUCCCGGACCCCACAGGCGCCCUUCCCGCUUUGCCCCGGCAGGAGGGCGGCGGCACUGGCGGACGAUGAGGACAGUGGUGCCCAGAAGAGAAGCGUCAUUGUGUGUCAGGGCAGGAGCGAAGCCCCCAGCCACGCGGCUAGUCCGAGCGCGUCUGAGCUGGGCCCCGGCCACCGGCCCUCCCCUAGCGCGGCGGCCAAGCUCAGCAGCGGGCCACCCCAGGGCCCGGCACCCGGGGACCCGUCGCGCGCCGUGGUCUCACCCGAGCGCCCCUCCGCGGCCUACCCCAAGGCCCUGGAGCACAUGGGCACUGCGGAGGAGUCCGGUAGGGGCAGCCCCCUGAGACGGGCCCCGGCCGGGCCCGACAGAGAGGGGGCCGGGCCUGAGAAGCCGGGGGCCGUCGGGCCUCUCCCCAAAGGCCGAGCCCUGGAGCUGGCCCUGAGGAGGCCGCGCCCACCCGUGCCACCCCUGCGGAGCGCGUCCGAGACGCCCUACCUGCUGACGGAGACGGGCCGGGGCGGUGGCUCGGCCGAGGACCGGAACCUGCUGUACUACUCUAAGCUGGGGCUGGUGAUCCCGUCCCCGGGCGCUGCCACCCCCGGAAGCCAGAGCAUCGACCGGAGCGGCCCGCUGGUCAAGAGCUUGCUCCGGCGCUCCCUGUCCAUGGACAGCCAGGUGCCCGUCUACUCGCCCGCCAUCGACCUGAAGCCUUCCUCGGGUGUGCCUGCUGCCCUGGGGGACACGGCGGCCACCAUGCGGUGCGGCCCGGUGCACAAGGCCGCCUUCCCGGAGUGCGCCGAGAUCACGGGUGUGAACGCACGGGCCCCGACCCCCCAACCGCACCGCCUCCGCUCCUUCAGUGCCUCCCAGUCCACCGAGAGGGAGGCCCCGCCGGCCUCUGAGGUGCCCAUCAAGACGGAGCCCCGCAGCCCGCUCUCGGACCCUUCCGACAUCAUCCGGGUCACCGUGGGUGAUGUGGCGGCAGCCGGCUCCAGAGACCUCGCCCUGAAGACAGAGGACGACCCCAAGGCCAUGAGCAGGCUGCCCGCCAAGAGGAGGUUCCAGGCUGACCGCCGGCUGCCGCUGAAGAAGCUGCGGGCAGACGGCCACGGCUCCCCCGCGUCCGCGGAGCCCGCGGAGGGGGCCGCCAGCCCGCCUCUCCUCGACGCCAACUUUGCAGAGCCCCAUUCGCCUCGAGAUGCCUUUGGUGAGUUGGCGGGAGCGAGGCCCAGCAGAAAGUUUAAGUGCAAACACUGCCUUAAGAUCUUUAGAUCCACCGCCGGCCUUCACCGGCACACUAACAUGUACCAUAAUCCGGAGAAGCCGUACGCCUGUGACAUCUGUCACAAGCGCUUCCACACCAACUUCAAAGUGUGGACCCACUGUCAGACCCAACACGGCAUAGUGAAGAACCCGUCUCCGGCCGCUAGCUCACAUGCCGUCCUGGACGAGCGGUUCCAGAGAAAGCUGAUUGACAUAGUGAGAGAGCGAGAGAUUAAGAAGGCCCUGGUCCUCAAGCUGAGGCGCGCCCGGCCGGGGCCCCAGGGCCAGAGCAGCUCCCCCACGCCCGCCAUCAAGAGGCCCCUGCGGCCGCGGGCCAGAGGAGCAUACGUGUGCCCGCACUGUGGAAAAGCCUACCGCUUCCUCUCGCAGUUCAAACAGCACAUAAAAAUGCACCCGGGCGAGAAGCCCCCCGGCGCCGGGCGCGGGGUCCCGGCCCGGGAGGAGGCGGCGCGGCCCGGCGCGGUAGGCGGCGAGCAGGUUUACGCGUGCCGCCUCUGUAAUGCUGCGCUCUCUUCUCUCCUAGAGCAAGGCCCCCACGAGCGCCUGUGCCGGAACGCCGCCGUGUGCCCCUACUGCAGCCUUAGGUUCUUCUCGCCCGAGCUCAGGCGCGAGCACGAGGGCCAGUGCGAGCACAGGAAGCUGACGUGCCUGGAGUGCAUGCGAACCUUCAAGUCGGCCUUCAGCAUCUGGCGGCACCAGGUAGAGGUGCACAACCAGAACUCCAUGGCGCCGCCCGACAGCCUGGACCACAACGGCGAGGCCGCCGCUCCCGCCACCGCCACCACCGCCGCCGCCGCCACCACCACCACCACCACCAUGGCGGCGGCGGGUCCCCCGCGGCCACCCGGCCCACCCAACCAUGCCACUGCCGCCGCUGCCAAGGAUGACCCGGUUUUCAGCGACUCCUCGGAGCACGUCAACUUCGACUCGGAGGACUCCUGCCUGCCCGAGGACCUCAGCCUCUCCAGGCCACUCAGGGUCCAGGUGAAGGAGGAGCCGGCCGAGGAGGUGGAGGACGAGGCGGUGCCCGCGCCACCCACGGCGGCCCCCGAGGCCCCCAAGGACUCGGGCGCAGGCAGCAGGGAGCCGGGCCUGUGGCCCUGUGAGAAGUGUGGCAAGACCUUCCCGGCGCCCAAGCAGCUGGAGCGGCACCAGGAGCUGCUGUGCUCAGUGAAGCCCUUCAUCUGCCACGUGUGCAGCAAGGCCUUCCGCACCAACUUCCGCCUCUGGAGCCAUUUCCAGUCGCACAUGGCUCAGGCCGCCGACGACCCCGCCGCACCCAAGGACCCCGACACCUGCCCCGGGCCCACCAGCUCACCCUCACCCCCACCUCUGCCCCCGCCCCCGCCGCUCCCCAAGAUCCAGCCCCUGGAGCCUGACAGCCCCACAGGCUUGCCCGAUACCCCGGCCCCUGCCCCCGGCGCCACCGCCGCCGAGAAACUGUUUGUGCCCCAGGAGUCCGACACACUCUUCUACCACGCCCCGCCACUGUCCGCCAUCACCUUCAAGAGACAGUUCAUGUGCAAGUUGUGCCACCGCACCUUCAAGACGGCCUUCAGCCUCUGGAGCCACGAGCAGACCCACAACUGAGGCCGCCCGCUGCUUCCUGGGGUGGGG